AUGGAUUCCAUCAAGAAGGCCGCCAACUACGUUUCCGAGAACGUCCAGUCUGCCACUUCCACCGCCUCCAAGGAGACCAACAAGGAGGUCGCCAAGGACAGGAACAACCCCGUCACUACUCGUGCCUCCGCCGCCAAGGAUGCCCUCGGCGAUAAGUUCGACGAGUCGAAGCACGAUGCCCGUGCCGAGGCCAACAAGCCCAUUGGCUCUACCAACGCUGCUCAGCGCGACCGCGAUCUCAUCUAA